AUGACAAAUGACACAACGGUUACAGAAUUUAUUCUCAAGGGCUUCUCAGAAAUUCUCGAACUGAGGCUUGUGAGUACGGCCCUUAUCCUUUUCAUCUACCUCUUUGCCCUCUUGGGGAACGUUUCUGUCAUCGCAGCUGUGACCAGGGACAGCCGCCUCCACACCCCCAUGUACUUUUUCCUGAAGAACCUGUCCUUUUUGGACAUGUGCUAUACCUCUGUCACGAUCCCCAAGGCGUUGAUCGACUCCCUUACGGGCUCAGGAGUCAUUUCCUUUGGGGAAUGUGUGGCUCAGCUCUUCUUGUUUGUAAUGCUCUGUGCAUCGGAGUGCUUUUUGCUUACGUCCAUGGCAUAUGACCGUUGUCUGGCCAUCCACAGGCCCCUUCUCUAUGGAAUCAUUAUGAGUAGAAAGCUAUGUGCAGAGCUUGUUAUUGUAGCCUGGUUGAGUGGGGCACUCUAUGCCAUCUUCCACACAGUCAAUACCUUUUCCCUCCAGUUCUGUGGGCCUAAUGUCAUUGAUCACUUCUUUUGCGAUAGCUCCCCUAUCAUGAGACUCUCCUGCAGUGAUCCCCAUACCAACGAGGAAGUUGGAUUUGUAGUGGGUGGGUGCAUUAUUCUUGGUGCCUGUGCCCUGACUAUAAUUUCCUAUGUUUGCAUCAUCUACACCAUUGCUCAGAUCAACUCUGCAGAUGGCCGUUGGAAGGCUUUCUCCACUUGCUCCUCUCAUCUGGCCACUGUAAUUCUGUUUUAUGUCACUGGGAGCUUUGCUUACCUGAGACCUGCUUCCCAUUAUUCUCCCACACAAGGACGGCUAGUGUCAGUGUUUUAUUCUAUCCUCACACCCAGCCUGAACCCUGUUGUCUACUGUCUGAGGAAUACAGACAUGCAGGUAGCCCUGAAAAAACUAUUUGUUCCAUCUAAAUAG